GCGGCACUGCCGGGCCGCCGCCGCCACGCGCCGCUGACGCCGCCGAGCGCGCGGGCGGACAGGCGCGCGCCUUUCCCGGGAGCGCCGCCAUGUUCCGGCGGGCCCGACUCACGGUGCGGCCCAACGUGCGCGCCCCGGGCAGGGCCGCCGCCCCCGCCCCCGGUACCGGCGGGGCAGACGCGGAGCCCCCGGAGCCUCCGGGCUCGGGCUCCCCGGUGGCAGACAGAGCAGGGGCCGCGGCGGGAGCGUCAGAGGCACGGCGGGCCGAGAGCGAUGACAAGGCUGAUGGUUCCAAUGAUGCUGGGGAAGCUAGUAAACCUGCAGAGAUGCCUACGCAGAGAAGAAAACGGAUCUCCACCAUGCCAAAUCUUGUCAAACCCAGAGCUGGACCUUCAUCUGCUCAGCGUUCUGCACCAAGACUGCAGAGGCGAACAUCACAGGCUCCCGAUGGCGGUGUUUCAUUUCAGAAGGAUUCCCCCACACCAGAAAAGAGUAGUGCUGAGAGCUCUUUAAAGUCUCCCAUGCUUCCUGAGAAGAAAACACCUGUGCCACAAGUGCCACAGUUUUCACCGCUAAAGAAAUCGGUGAAUAAAGAGCAAACUGUAGGUGUGGCUGCUCAGAAAAAUGAUGACAGUUUGCAGAAGAAUGUACCCUCUCCCCUCAAGGAGAGACCAACACAGGAGAGAUCAGAAACACAGGAGGAAAAGCUUCCUAUGAAACCUUCUCCUGAAAAAGAAAAACGAACGUGUUCUGACCGUGAAAGGAUCCUCAAAGCUCGGAAGUUAAGAGAAAUGCUUAAAGAAGAGCUGAAGAAAGAGCGAAUGAAGUUGAAACACAGGCCCCCAAUAAUCGAAGGGCGUUCUCCACCAGAUCGUUCUAAGAUGACCAUGAGAGACCUGAUAUACUAUCUGCCAGAAAACAAUCCUAUGAAGUCUUCACUGGCAGAAGAAAAGAGAACAGAAAAAAAUUCUGCGCUGAGUCAUCUGAGAGGGCAGGAGGAGAAAAGUACUCUUGGUCAUGAAGAAGAGGAGGAGGAAGAAGAAGAGAAUGGGGAGGAGAGUCAGGAUGGCCCACUUCUAGUUCCUCGUGUGAAAGUGGCAGAAGAUGGUUCGAUUAUUCUGGAUGAAGAAAGCUUAACUGUAGAAGUUCUAAGAACGAAAGGUCCAUGUGUUGUAGAAGAAAAUGAUCCCAUCUUUGAGCGUGGCUCUACAACUACAUAUUCCAGCUUCAGGAAAAGUUUUUACACAAAACCGUGGUCAAAUAAAGAAACAGAUAUGUUCUUUUUAGCUAUCAGCAUGGUAGGAACAGACUUCUCCUUGAUUGGGCGGCUGUUUCCUCAUAGAGCCAGAGCAGAAAUCAAGAACAAGUUCAAACGUGAGGAAAAAGCUAAUGGAUGGAGAAUAGACAAAGCUUUCAAAGAAAAACGACCCUUUGAUUUUGAAUUCUUUGCCCAGCUGCUUGAGAAGGUCUUAGCAGAUGAGGAAAAGAGGAAACAAAAGACUGUUAAAAGCCAGAAGCCAAAGGAAAGGAAGUCACCAAGGCCUCGGAAGAAGUCAAAAGUAGCAAAAGCUGCCAGCACAGGAGCUGCUAAUGAUCAAGAUGAACUUCAGGAAGCCAGAAUUUCUGAUGAAGAAACAGAAGCAGACGGUGUGACGGCUGAGAAAGAAAAUGAGGAAUCUCUGGGCAUUUCUGAACAGGCAGAAGAACAGGUUGCGUUAGAAGCAUUAGCAAAAAAGAAGAGAAAGAGGAAGAGAAAAGAUGAUCUUGAAGAGGAGGUGGAGAAUAUUCCAGAAGAAAUGUCUGUCCCUUCAAAAAUUGCUGAAGAAGGGAAAUCCUCUAACAAAAGGAAAAAAGUGGUACAUGAUACAAGCAAUGAUAGUCAUACGACUUGUAGAGAAGAACUGGAUUGUGCUAUUGAAGGAAAACAAGAUGAAACUGCUGUCACAGAGGAAGAGAGAUCAGAGUCCUGUUUACCAGUGACCGACCAAAUGGAGAGAGAAGGUGGUGUUGAUUUAUGCAGCUUUGAAGAUGUCAACAAUGUUAUAUUAGAAACAGAAUCAGCUAAACCGAGGACUGGGGAUAUUAGAGAUGAUACAUCACAGGAAAGCCAGAUUUCAGAGUUACCAGUUACAAAGAUUAGAAGCCAAGAAAGGCAAUCUGAAGAAACUAGAGAAACAAAGAACAAAGACAUACAUCACUCACAUAGACCAGAUGAAAAACAAAGUGCAUCAGAACGUGGUUCUCAGUCUGAAAUCAUGAAAACUGAAAAAUCAGCAGACAGAAGGCGCUUGCAAAGACCUAAACCCAAUUUGAUGAGAUCAUCUGGAAGGAGGGAGACAGCAGCACAAGACAAAAUGGAGUCUGAAGCUUCCUCUCCAAACCCUGAGAAUACAGAUGAAAAGUGCUCUGAGGAGGACAGUAGAAGAAGAAACAGAAAUGAAGCCACAGAAGUGGAGAACAGAGAUUUGGAUAAUGAAUCUGAAGAACCUGAAAAAACUGCAGUUGUAAAGGCAGUACUUAGAGGAUGUCGACAGAGAUUUAAACCUAAUAUUACAAGAGCAUCUGGAAGGAAAGAAGAGCCUGAAAAAGAUGCAGGAAAUGAUAAAAUGUCCCAUCUACAGCUUAAGGGGGAAACUGAAAAGAAUACUGACCAGAGUAAUAGGUCUGAUGUUACCAGUGAAGAAGCUGCAGAAAAAGAUGACCAAGUCCUGGCGACAGUGUCUCAGUCUAAUGAAACAGUGGGUUUACAAGAAGACAGCAAACGGAGUUUGCUGAAUCCCGCCCCUCUAAGGAGAGGCAGAGUACAGAGACCAAAACCAAAUCUAGGAAGAACUGUUGCAAGGCAAAAAGAACUGAUAGAUGAAAAAGAUCCUGAAGAGAAGACAAUUAAAGGUGGAGAAGUAGAAAAAGAUAUAAUGCACCACAGAGAUGAAAACAAUGAUCCCUGCCUCAAAAGUAAUUUGACAGUUCUUGAAGACACUCAGCCAUGCACUGUGAUGUUAGAAGGGGAUGUUUCUACAGAUUCUGAGAUGAACUCAAAAUCUACAAGACAGUGUUUCCAAGAAAAGUCCUCAGAAGCAGAAAGCUGUGAAAGUGAAAAGGGAUUGUCAGAUGCCUUGAAACAGGUUUCAGAUUUCAAUACAGGGGAAUCUCAUCCUCAGAAGGAAGAGGAGAAAACUGUUUUAUCAUCAGCUCGGCUACUUAGGAGUCGAUUCCAGAGACCAAAGCCAAAUUUAAGAAUGACAACUAAUAGAAAAGAAGUGCUGGAUAUAAAUAAUAAAGGUGUAUUACAAAAAGAUAUCAACAAGGAAGAAAGUUUGACAAAUUGUGACAGUGAAUGUAGUAUCCUUCCUGACACAGAUAAAACAGGAAAAUAUGAAGUCCUAAAACCACUAGAACCCUUGGGAAAGGAGAUGUCACUUCAUGUUCAGGAGAUUUCUGAGAGGCCAAGUUGUAAAUCCCCAAAAACAUCUUCAAGAUCAGAGGAUGGUGAACUUGAGUUGUGUCUACCUGAUAUUAACCAAGAUGAUAUUUUAACUACUAACGCAGGCAAAAAUAGCACUGAAGAAGAAAGUAAACAAAAACCUCCUCCACACAUCCAGUUAGUGCCGAGCAGUUUCCAGAGGUACAAGCCAAACGUGGUAAGAGCUGUUGGAAAGGAGUUAAAAGUAUCAGAAAAUGAAAAGAAUAAAAAGCUUGAAGAAAAGCACUUAGUAUUGCAAAAAGAUGAGCUUGCCAGUACUGCCACUGAUGAAAAUGAAGCUGUAUUGUGUCAAGCAGAUGUAUUGAGCAGAAAGGAACAGGAACAGCAAGAGGUGCCUCAGGUGCCCUCUAUUUCUGGAAACAUUUUAUGUGAACAAAGCAGUGCUGAAAAAUCUACCUCCCAAGAAGGCAAGCUGGGUUCUCAGAAACCAGGACAACUCACAAGGCUUGAAGCUCUAAGAACUGGACCAAACCUGGAAGAAACAUAUAGCAAAAAAGAACCUCCAGUAGCACAAAAACUUGCUUCUCCAGAUGAGGAAGAAAUGAAUAAAGGAGAAAAACUGUCUGUGGCAGAAGAAUCAGAAAAACCUCUCUCAACAGAUGACAUGGAAGUAUUGUUUGUGGGAGAUUUGGCCAAGAAUGACAAUCUAGACAUAAAUUCAAGAUGUAUGAAGUCAGAAAUGCUCUGUUCUUCUAAAAAGCCACCAAACGACCACAACAACGGAGGGCAAGAAGAGUGUCCAUCUACAGAUGCUAUGGGAAGCAUUCUGAGUGCCACAGAAAGGUCCAAUGAUGAAUUAAGUUCUGGAGAAGAAAGUGAACAGAGAGCAAGGGAACUCCACGGGAUCCCAAGGUCAAACAGAAUGAGACUUACUAGAAAAAGGGAUUAUCCCAAAGAAAGUGAAAACAAAGAAGAGGGCAACACUGAGAACAGAAAUGAAGAAGAAUGUUUGCUGUUAUUAAAAACAGAUGUAUCAAUGGUAAGUCUUCAUCACAUGUUUUGAGCCAAUUAUACAUCAAUUCUUUUGCUUAAGUUCUCAGAACCAUAGA